AUGGAAUGUGGUACCGCGUUCUAUGGAGGGGAAAGUCUCUCCAUCGAUCCCAAGUGGCUUAUCGAUCCGAAGCUUCUCUUUGUUGGGCCACGCAUAGGCGAGGGCGCACAUGCAAAGGUCUAUGAGGGGAAGUAUAAGAACCAAAAUGUUGCUAUAAAGAUUGUGCACAAAGGGGACACCCCUGAGGAGAUGACCAAGGAGGAGGGGAGAUUCUUGAGAGAGGUGACCAUACUGUCAAGGGUGCAGCACAAGAACCUCGUCAAGGUCUACUUUUGCAGAUUCAUGUUGAUUCUUUCCUCAAGGAGAUGA